GACAUGGGUAGCUGUAAGCAAUUGCUGCGCGCUCUGAAGCGGACCCUGGGAUUAGGACGACGACAACUGAACGUGGGUGAGCGUCAAAUAGUGCUGGUAACCGGCUGUGAUUCGGGAUUGGGACACUCUCUGGCCGUUUACUGCUACAAUGCGCUCAACAUGACGGUAAUCUCAUGCUGCCACAAUAUGCAGUCCCAAGGUGCACGUCUGCUGCAGCAAAUGAACGCUGGCGAAGAUGAGAAACGACUGCACAAAAUGCUGACCUGGGAACUGGAUUUACUGCAACCCGAUUCCAUAAAGCAGGUUCAAGUGAAACUUGAACAGUUGCUGAGCAACCAUGACUACCAGUUGAUGGCGCUGGUCAACAAUGCGGGUGUCAUGUGCUUCGGUGAAUUCGAGUGGCAGUUGGCGUCGCAGAUUGAGAUGCAGAUUAAUUGCAAUCUGCUGGGCACAAUGCGACUAACGCGCCAACUGUUGCCAUUGCUCCGACAACAUCGCGGACGCAUUAUCAACGUGACCAGUCACUGUGGACUGCAAGCGUUGCCCGCACUGGCGCCUUAUGCCGCCUCCAAGGCAGCUCUAAGGAUCUGGAACGAUGCCCUACGCAUUGAGUUGCAGCAAUAUGGCAUGGAGGUGGUUAACUUUAUACCCGGCUCCUUUGUCAUGGACUCCAAUAUUUCGGCACGUCAGCAACAGCAUGCCCAGCAAAUGCUUGAAGCCUUCAAUGACGAACAAUUGGCCCAUUAUGGCACCUACUUUAGAAAGUUCAAUGAGUACCUGAGCAUUCUAUCUGGAUUCAAGCCACCAAACAAGCUAAGGGAUGACGAAUUGCUCGCCAAGUUCAAGGAUGCCAUCACAAACACGCAGCCGGCAGCACUCUACAUACAUGAACCAUGGCGCUAUAAGAUCUAUCGCUGGUUGUUUGGCAUCUGUCCGACUCCUCUGACGGAUUGGCUGGCUGUAAGAUUCUGCGCCAUGCCCAGCUAUGAGUCGACCCAGGAUAAAACGUUGAAGGAUUAAUACUGCUAGAGUCUAUAGUCUAUAUAGUUUUAUUUGAAUUUCAUUGAUAUAUUUGGCUGUGGCUGGGCAUAAAUUAAAUACACUGGAGCACACAGGUUUGCCUGUCG